AUGUUUUUGUGUUCUUCUUUAUCCUUUGGGGUUUACCCUUCAAUCUCACAGUGUAUAUCCCGUAGAUUGAGUCUGAUCACUCAUUUGUAGCGUAGACCACUACAAGUGGUAUCAGAUCCGGUCUUUCCUUUGAUUGAUCAUGGAUAAUGGUAAUAGAUUUAAGGCUUUAGCUGAGCAAUUAGAUAUUAUUCUUCAAGUUCAAGAAGUAAUUGCAAGGGCUCUAAAAAAUACACCAUUUCAUGUGCUUCUAGCCAGAUGGAAGAAAAUUUUAGCAGAAGAAGCAAAGAACCUGUUGUUGCUAGAGCGUGAGAUAUAUUUGAGUAGAUCUAUUAACGAGAAUUGGGAAUCAAAUUCGUCAAAAAAAAAUUUACGAGAGCUUUGAAUUAAUUGGAUCUGUGUUGAAGAAAGUGACGCUUAUUGAGAAAGAAAUUGAUGAAAAUAUUGAAGGAGCUCCAAUUGAUUCAAAUUCAAAAGGAAAUGUCGUUCACAAUUCUUCAGAUAAAGAUAAUUACAGUUCUCAACCCAAAUCUGACUUCUCAAUUAAUUGUUAAUGGAGCUGGUGUUACAUAUGUUCAAGACUACAAGUCUCAUGCGGUCAAUCUAGUUUCUCCUUAUUCUGAUUUACAAGGGAAGGUAGAAACUCAAUUUCUGGAUUAUCAUGAAGGUAAACCUUUCCUUCCUGGUACUGAUUUUGUGGUGGAUUUUCCAAGUAAAAGAGCUGCAACUCAUGAGAAGAGGGUUCCCUGGACUAAAUUCAUGACUCACUUUGCGAAGUUAUCACACAAAGAUAGUAUCUCCAGUCAUGGUGGUGAUCGUAUGUUGCUGGAUUGAGGAGUGAAUUAUUAUGGGAAAGGUAAUAUGGUUGCAAUUAGUGGUGUAGUUGGAAAAGCUAGAGAAUUUGUGAAAAUACCUCAAAGAGGAAAUGGGUAUUGUAACAUAUUCAUUACUGGAAUGGUUGAACUGUCUAUAAGCAAGAAGGAACUUGAACUUUUGGAUCAAAUGUAUCAUAAUACCAGAUGGGUUUUUAGUUGUGAUAAUUCUCUAGUCUUACAGCUGAAGUGCGGGUUUCUUAUUCGAUUAGAAAUUUUACAGAUGGAACCAUUGAGGAUCUGUGUUGAAUCAAACAAACAAAAUGAUAUGUUACUAGUUCUUUCGAAGAGAAGUGAAUGUGUAAUCUGGUUUCUUUUAUUACUAUAUUGUCCAACUAUAUUCAAGACAUUUUUUUACAUCUAUUCCUGGAUUGUCAAGGCCUGGAUUACGGAUGUAGGGUGUUUGACCGUGGAAAGGAGUUUCACUAUAGGAGAUACUCUUGCUUUGCUAUGGUUUUUUUUUAUCAAGAUACACUUGGUUAUGUGCUUGCUGAACAGAGUGCACUUAUUCUAGCAAGCUGUUUGUUGAAUUUUCGCGGCAAAGUGAUAUAUCAAAGAUUUUUGUGAGGAGUUUAAGAGGUAAAAUUGGAUUUCUUUCGCUAAAUACUGCAGUGAUAGCCUGUCAUUGGUUCCAUACAGGCGAGGUAAAAGUAUUCAGCAUUGUGUAAGGCUAUUUAGAUCAUAUAAUGUACCAGCUGGUAAUUUUCUCUUGCAAGAGUAGCUGGAAGUGUUAACUCCGGUAGAUGGUUUUGUUAGACCUCAUUACUAUUCUCUUAUGGUGGUUCUGUUUGUUGUUAGGAGUUAUAUUGUCAGCUCUUGAGGAAGAAUUUAUUCUCGCUCAGUCCUUGUCAUAGUCGAGUGUUGAGUUGGCU